AUGAGCACAUCACAAGAUAAAGUCCCUUCUGAAUUAUUGAAGGACGAAAAGUUGGAACAUUGCCUUGAGAAUAUCCUUCAAAAGACAACCAUCGGUUUCGUGGCAAGCGUUAUUCCUGCUUUUGUUCUUUUGAGAGGAAGAAGAUCUGCUGCUUUAGGAUUUGGUGCCGGUAUUGGUUUCGGUAUGGGAUGGACAGAAUGUCGCUUGCUUAUGGAGAAGAACAUUCACUUUAACAAGAAAUUCAUUGCUCAAGUUGAGGUUCCUAAAAAUCAAUAA